AUGAGGUGCAGGGGGGUGCGGGUAGAGAAGAAGAUGCAGGAGGUGCAGAAGAAGGAGGAGUACAGUAGGAGCUCUCCCACCCAUCCAGCCUUCCCACGCAUCCAGCCCUCCCACGCAUCCAGCUCUCCCACCCGUCCAGCCCUCCCACCCAUCCAGCUCUCCCACUCGUCCAGCCCUCCCACCUGUCCAGCCAUCCCUCCCAUCCAGCCUUCCCACCCAUCCAGCCCUCCCAUCCAGCCCUCCCACCCCUCCAGCUUUCCCACCCCUCCAGCCCUCCCACCCGUCCAGUCCUCCCACCCCUCCAGCUUUCCCACCCCUCCAGCCCUCCCGUCCAGUCCUCCCACCCCUCCAGCCCUCCCACCCGUCCAGCCUCCCGCAGAAACAGCAGGCUGCCGGGCGGCCGGGAGGACCGGGGCCGAGACAAUCGAUCAGCCCACUGUUAACCUCACCGAGAUGAACUCUAAUUAUCCAGCCUGUGGCCUGGGGGGGCACCUCAGGAACCCCCCGAAAACACCCCCGCCGAUGCUCCACCACAACACAGCGCUCGAUAACCAUCAGCCCAAACACCGGCUAAUUGACUCCAAUUGGGCUUCAUUAUUGUGGCUUUGGACCGACGAGGCGGCGGAGGCCAGGCGCUGUGGUCAAGGGAACUUCAUCGUCAUUUCCAGGUCAUCUACAGACUAG